GUUGGAUACAAUCUGAUUCGUACUGUUGUCUUGUACUGUCUGUAGGCGAACCGUUUAACGGGAAUACCAAAUCACUUAAAGAUUAAUUUCACAUCACCUGAAGAGAUCCUGAUUCGCUUCAGCGUCUGACGACGUUAGAUGCCAAGCUAUGCCGAAGUAUGCGCACGAAUCUUCAGCCAAUGGCUCAGUCAACCAGCAGAGCUCAAAUUCACAACCAUCCGAUGGCAACCAAGGGAGAAUGACGCGAAGAUGAGCUUGGACUCGUGGUUGUGUAUGUGGUUAAUUAAAACAACACUGUACAUGCACUUCAGCGAAAUGUGGAAGUGUAAAAAUAAAAGUAUGCAAAUUGCUUGCAAUUCCUCCAACGAUCUGAGGGCGUGCUUUGCUUCACUUCGUUAUUACGGACUAUUGGUGACGGGACAAAAUGAACCCUAUUAUUAAUCCACCUACUAACUUGUGGUCUACCGCUGAGGAUAAACAAGCCUUAUCAAACUGAAUGAGGUAGACGCAAUCAUGUAGUAACUACUUGGAACUACUGUCUGUUUCAACUCCCAUGAUUUCACUUUCGGAGUCUUACAAAAUAAGACUAUUCAGGCAGCUACUGGAGGAUGAAGUCUAACGAGCUUAUGAUGCACAUUUGGAAAAUUGUGACACUAUUCCCUCUGUUUUGGA